GGCGCGGUAUCAGCUUGGUGAUUUGUGAGCGAUGGCGCCGCCGGGGUCGCGGCGGUGGGCUUACGUGCGCGUGAUGGCCGGCACCAUCCUCGGUGGCGUACUUGGAUUCUACGUCAUGCACCGCGUCGAGACCUCGUACAAGGCGAGAAUGGAGGAGAGGCUGCGGAGAUACGAGGCGCAUCUGCUUGCCAAAGCCAAGGAGUCGCAGCAGUUGCAGGACGAGGCACAGCGGGAGGAUAAAGCCCAGUUCCUGCCCGACUCGUGACACCGACAUUCUUCCCCUCUUGCGCCUGCUCUUUUCCAAGCUGUUAGAAUAACAUAGGGCACUGGGGCCAAGGAGUCCGUCCACUCGUUUUUUCAGAUGUAGAGACAUAAGAUCGACAUGUACUUUUUGCUUGUUGCUGUCUUCUUUUUUUGGUAUCAAGAAAAAUGCACCAUUCGAGCGCAAG